GCGGGCCUGUGGGCGGGGCCGCGGCGGGAGCGCCGAUUCAAGAUGGCAGCCACCCGAGGAUCAUCCCUCUCGGCUCAGCUCGCCUUCUUGAGUCGGGCUUCGUCUCGCUGGCUCGUCGGCUGACACUCGGUCCCGUCCUCGGAACGGAACACCCGCGGGCUCGCACGCCGCUCGUCGUCGCCGCCUGCAUGCCUGCACGGACGUGAGCUAACGUUUUCGCCGCCCGGGAGCCUUGAGACUCCCUGUAACGUCUGGACGGGAUCGGACCGGACCGUGAGAUUCCAACGGCCGGCGGACGAGCUCGGGCUCGGAUGUUGUGGCGCGGCGGCGCCAUCCGCCGGAUGAGUGCUGCUCAUCUUCCCGAUUGAUGGACGCUUUCGGAGCUACUCGUCCGCACUUCGUCGCAUUGAGGAAUGAACCAAGCCGCUCGGGAUGGACUCCUGCGUGAAGACCCGAAACCGCACGGCGCCGACGGGCGGCGAGGACAAUGGGCGUCGAGCCGGCGGCUCGCCGGCGUGCUCGCGGACCAACGGCUGGAGCUGGCCUCCUCAUCCCUUCCAGAUGCUGGCCUGGCUCCUCUACGCCUACUUCGCCGCGGUGGGCCUGGGCGUCCUUGUGCCGCUGCUGCCCGGCCACUGGACGCCCGCCGGCUAUAUCUGCACGGGCGUGAUGUUUGCGUGCCACCUGUGCACUCACGUCAUGGCGGUGAGCGUGGACCCGGCCGACCGCAACGUGCGAGCCAAGAGCCUGGAAGGGCCGCUUCCCGUCUUCGACCGCUCCAAGCACGCCCACGUCAUCGAGAACUGCCACUGCUACCUCUGCCAGGUGGACGUAGGGCCCAAGUCCAAGCACUGCAGCGCGUGUAACAAAUGCGUGGCCAACUUUGAUCAUCACUGUCGAUGGCUCAACAACUGCGUUGGAAGCAGAAACUACAAGUUGUUCCUGUACAGCGUGGCGUCGGCCGCGCUGGGCGCGUGCGUCCUGCUGGCGGUGUCGUCGUACGUGCUGAUCGCCUUCUUCUCGGAGCCCGCCGUCAACCACUCGCGGGCGCCGAACCGGACGGCGGCGCGGUUCCCGUUCUCGCCGCCGGCCGCCGCCGUUCCCGCGCUGGCCGCCGUCACCGGCGCGCUGGCGCUGCUCGCCUGCGUGCUGCUCUGCCACCUGCUGCUCUUCCACUUCUACCUCAUGUGGAACAGGUUGAGCACGUACGAGUACAUCGUGCGACAGCGCCACCGUCAGGAUGGAAGGCGGACGACAAGCCAGGAGGACGUUAAGCGCGCCACCCGUCCGUCCGUCCGCUUGAAGGAAGCAGACGACUCAACAACGCUGGGCUACACCGAGCCGGAGCCGAACGGAGGCCGCGCGCAGUUGGUGACCAAUGGCAGUGUGAAAGGCGUGGCUAGCCCGGUUCUCAAGCUCAAAGCCCCAACCACAAUCUCCACACAGCACAACUCAGCAGAGUUGUACACACAGAAAAUGGCGGCGGUGACAAAGAAGAAGAAGAAAAAAAAGACGAGCAGGGGAGCCAGCGCCAUGGCGUCAGACAGCGGUCCAGACGCCGGCCGUUCGUCGGAGCGGGUUGGCGCCUGGCUUCCGGGCCCCACGGGG